AUGACAGAGAGGAGCCAAACUGUCAUCUCAGAGUUCUUUCUUCUGGGCCUGCCCACGCAGUGGAAUCUGUUCUAUGCUCUGUUCCUGGCCAUGUAUGUUACCACCAUCAUGGGGAACCUUCUCAUUGUUGUCCUCAUUUGCCUGGACUCCCACCUCCACAUGCCCAUGUAUUUGUUUCUCAGUAACUUGUCCUUCUCUGACCUCUGCUUCUCCUCUGUCACAAUGCCCAAACUGCUGCAGAACAUGCAGAGCCAAGUCCCGUCCAUCCCCUAUGCUAGCAGCCUGGCCCAGAUGUAUUUUUACUUGUUUUUUGGAGUUCUUGAGAGCUUUGUCCUUGUCAUGGCCUAUGACUGCUAUGGGGCCAUCUGUUUCCCUCUGCACUACUCCACCAUCAUGAGCUCCAAGCUCCGUCUCUCUUUGCUGGUGCCCUGGGUGCUGACUACUGCCCAUGCCAUGUUGCACACUGUGCUCAUGGCCAGGCUGUCCUUUCUAGCUGACGAUGUGAUCCCUCACUUUUUUGAUACGUCUGCUUUGUUAAAGCUAUCCUGCUCUGACACUCGAGUCAAUGGUUUGGUUAUAUUUUUCAUUGGAGAGCUCAUUCUCAUCAUCCUGUUCCUACUCAUCAUCAUGUCUUCUUCACGGAUUGUGUCCUCCAUCCUCAGGGUUCCUUCUGCCAGGGGCAUUCACAAGGCCUUCUCCACCUGUGGCUCCCACCUCUCCGUGGUGUCUCUCUUCUAUGGAACAAUCAUUGGCCUCUACUCAUGCCCGUCAAAUAACAAUUCUGCUGUGAAGGAGACUGUCAUGGCUAUGAUGUACACUGUGGUCACCCCCAUGCUGAAUCCCUUCAUCGACAGCCUGAGGAACAGAGACAUGAUGGGAGCCCUGGGAAGAGUCUUUUUUAAAAAGAAAGUAUCUUUUUCUCUAAAAUGGUAA